AUGUUCGUCGAUGUUAUGCUCGUCUUACCUGUCUUCUUGUCUGUUGUGGCCGGUGCAGCCAUUGAUCUCUCGCCAGGCGCAUCCCUGAUGCAGUCUAUCGAUGCACGCGACGUCGCGCCUACCCUUGAUUUUACCAAUUCCGCCUGGAUUUGGACGGGAGAACAGACCGGGGACUCUGACAUUGCGCCCGUCGGAGUGCGCCCAUUCCGCAGAAAAAUACCAUCGUCGGCCACGAAAUGUCCUGUAUGCGCUACGAUCAUCCUUUCUUGUGACGACUCCCACACUCUCUAUGUCAACGGAAUAGAGAUUGGGUCUGGAGCUUGUUAUACCUCCUCCGGCAUGCACUCCGCGUUGUAUACUGUCGGCAUGAAUCCUGAAGGCGAUAACGUCGUCGCGAUUGCUGUCAACAAUGAUGGAGGUCCUGCUGGGCUAAUAGCUGCUAUUAUCGUCGACUACACAGACGGCACCACUGAAAAUAUUGUCACCGACGCGGCCUGGAAGACAAUUCAAACUACUUCACCCGGUGGUUGGACCGGGCCGAGCUUCGAUGACUCUACGUGGGUUGCUGCAGUCUCUGAGGGACCUACAGCCAGCACCCCUUGGGGAACCCCUCCUCUCCCGCCUGCCAUGGACAUGACGGGAGUGAGUUGGAUCUGGACCAACGAGACUAACGCCAGUGGGAAUGACCCUCUUGGUCACAGACCGUUCCGCAACACAAUCACUUCGCCGUAUGGGAAGGCUGCUGUUUGUGGUAAGGUCGUCAUAACCGCUGAUGAUGCAUACAGUCUGUAUGUCAACGGGGACUUCAUUGGCAACGGUAGCUCCUGGCGCUCCAUGCAAGCGUAUUCCAUCCCUCAGUUGGAUCCAAAUGUGAAUAUCAUUGCUGUCGAUGGUGAAAAUAGGGCAUCCUUUAACCCUCAGGUUGGCGGAGUCAUUGCCGGUUUCCUCAUUGCGUACAACGAUGGGACUUCCCACGCGUAUUACACUGAUAAUACAUGGAAGACUCUUACUUCUGUACCGCCGGCUGGUUUCGAGCAGACUGACAUGGAUGACAGUGCGUGGAUCACCCCCAAGGUGUACAUCCAUUCCGAUUCGGCUACUGUCACUGUCCCGCCUGCUUAG